UCUGUGUGAACUGUGUUCUACGCGCUCCCGCAAAACCUUGCCACAGAACAAGAGUAUAUAUCAUUUCUGUUUCCCAUUUGAUUUUGCGUAGUCAUAAUCUCCGAUUUUUUUUUUCUGGGUCCUCUCCAGUAUGAGCUAUCUUCUUCUCAGGAGAAGCAAGUUCAUUGCUUUGAGCAGAAAACAGUGCUUAAUCCUUCCGAUUACUUCCCCGGAAACUAAAACCCUAUCAAACCCAGUUCUCGAAAUCCCUCGAUUCCAAAACCCUUCUUCGAUCUCCUGGAUUGCUCAGUAUGCAACGCAGUCGUCGAAGUUCCCAGAGUACGAAAUGCCCACUGUCACUUGGGGCGUCAUACAGGGAAAGAAAGAGAGGCUCAUCAAUCGCGUCAAAAUCUGCGAUUAUCUCAAGGGAUUGGGCAUAAUCACCGAUGAAUUGGAGAAUAUCGAGCUGCCUUCGACAAUCGAGAUCAUGAGCGAGAGGGUGGAGUUCUUACAGAAGAUAGGGCUGACGAUAGACGACUUUAAUGAGUACCCAUUGAUGCUUGGUUGCAGCGUGCGUAAGAACAUAAUCCCUGUCUUGGCUUACUUGGAGAAGAUAGGAAUCUCCAGGUCGAAAUUGGGGGAAUUCGUUAAGAAUUACCCUCAGGUUUUGCAUGCGAGUGUGGUUGUGGAGCUUGCUCCUGUGGUGAAAUUUCUUCGUGGGCUCGAUGUGGAGAAGCAGGAUUUAGGUUAUGUCCUGCAGAAGUAUCCCGAAUUGCUAGGUUUUAAGCUCGAAGGCACAAUGAGCACUUCCGUUGCAUAUUUGGUUAGCAUCGGUGUGAGCCCGAGGGACAUUGGUCCAAUGGUGACUCAGUAUCCUUAUCUUCUGGGAAUGAGAGUUGGAACAAUGAUCAAACCUCUUGUAGAUUACCUCAUUUCCAUUGGUUUGCCUAAAAAGAUUGUGGCCCGGAUGUUAGAGAAACGUGCGUACAUACUCGGGUUUGAUCUUGAGGAAACGGUUAAACCGAACAUGGAUUGCUUGAUUAGUUUCGGGAUUAGGAGAGAAUUGCUUCCUUCGGUUAUAGCACAGUAUCCUCAAAUGCUCGGUUUACCUCUGAAGGCUAAGAUGUCAUCGCAGCAGUACUUCUUUAGCUUGAAGCUCAAGAUUGAUCCAGAGGGGUUUGCUCUUGUUGUUGAGAAAAUGCCACAGGUCGUAAGCCUUAACCAGAAUGUAAUAAUGAAACCUGUAGAGUUCCUUUUGGGCCGGGCAUUUACACCUGAAGAUGUGGCGAAAAUGAUCGUGAGGUGUCCACAGAUACUUUGUUCACGGGUUGAGCUCAUGAAGAAUAGCUACUAUUUUUACAAGACCGAGAUGGGGAGACCAAUGAAAGAGCUUGUGGAGUUCCCAGAUUACUUUACUUACAGCUUAGAGUCCAGAAUCAAACCGAGAUACCAGAGGCUACAGAGCAAGGGGAUCAGGAGUUCAUUGAAUUGGUUCCUCAACUGCAGUGACCAAAGAUUUGAGGAGCGAUUACAGGGCGAUUUCAUUGAUCCGGAUGCUGAAGGUCCAGCCUUUUAUAUGGGUGGCAAGCUGGAAAUGCUGGGUGGUGAAAUUGUGUCUGAUGAGGAAGAUGAUAGCGAUGAAGAAGUGCUCUUCAAACGCACUGUCAGUUUGUAGUAAAGCCAUUUCUGCUACUUAAAUCGAUCAAAAUCAGUUCUAUCUAAUUAACAUGUUAUCCACAAUCCUUGCUUUCGGUUCCCCAUUUAAUGCAUUUCCCAGCACCGUGCUUUACUCUGUGUUCCUACGAAGAAUCAAGGAAACUCGUCUCUCUAGAUAAUUGUCGUAUGGAGCGUUUCAUAUUGUUCAGUGUUUGGCAUAUGCUUUUGGUUUUCGAGUAUUGAGUCCCUAAAUCCUAACAGCACCUUCAGGUCUUAUAAUAGAGGGUUGUUGUGGCUUUUGUCAUUGGAUUUUAUAUACGUACAUUGCACUUUCUUCUUAUAGCAAAACGUUGCACAAGAAAGAUGUUGUUACUA